AUGGAUUUUGUGUUGUUGAUAUUUUUAUCUGGGGUUUUCCUUUCAGACAUUAGCAAUCUGCAGUCUAUUGCAGAACAGGACAGUGAUGAGAUAAUACCUUCGUAUGAAGAACAGUUUUACUCAGACGAUGCUACCACAGCUAAUAAUGUCCCUGUUCGUGAAGAAGACAAACCCGUUGUGCAAAAACCAGAAGUGAAUGAAGAUGAAGCUCCUGCCAAUGAGAAAACUGGCAAUUACUAUAAAGAUAUAAAACAUUAUGUGUUUACCACCCACAGUACACUUGGCUCGGAAUCGGAACUGUCUGUGACUGCCACAACUGAAGUUUCUGUAAAGGCCUAUAAACUCACCAGUGCCACUGCAGCUGAAGAAAAAUAUAUCAAACGCACUAGUAAGGAUAUGCAAAGGUCAACUCCCAAUGUGCCUGCAUUUUGGACAAUGUUAGCUAAAGCUAUAACUGGAAACGCACAGCCCUUCGAUGAGAAAGACCAAUUAUUUAGAGCAGUUCCAAGCUCUGAUUUCAACACUACCAAUGGAGACAAACUGUCAGAGCUAGAGGAAAUCAAGCUCAAAUUAAUGCUGGGGAUCUCAUUGCUGACCCUUAUCCUCUUAAUUCCCCUCUUGAUAUUUUGUUGUGCCACACUCUGCAAACUAAGAAAACUAAGUGAAAAAAAUUAUGAUAAUCAAUACUCCAUCAACCCAGAGCUGGCAAAUAUGUCUUAUUUCCAUCCAUCAGAAGGUGUAUCAGACACAUCUUUUUCAAAAAGUGCAGAGAGCAGCUUAUAUUGGGGCAACGCUCCUUCAGACAUGAGACACCCAAGCACCAGAAAGUCAAGAUCUAAAUCUAUGGAUUUUUCUUCAAGCUACAAUCAAGGAACCUUAAAUGAGGAGGAGAUGAAUGAGCAAACUUUCAACGAGAAUAAUGAAUAUACUGAGUCAGGCAUGGUUGAGGAGGAAUCACAAUCACUGACUAAAUAA